CUCCUCAUUACCAUUCGUUCGCCCGCACACCACUGUCGCUUCUCGUUGCGGCUGCCAACACUUCCAUGGCAGCACAGGCGAGGCUUUCGCAGCCUUCGCCAUCGUCUUCGUCUUCGUCCUCCUCAUCCUCGAUCUCACAGAUAAAUCCUGCCGCGCAGCCCCUCCGUCCCCCACCCUACGCCACCCUCCUCUCCGGCGCCCUCUCCGGCCUGACGUCUUGCGUCCUACUUCAGCCGCUCGACUUGCUCAAGACGCGCCUGCAGCAGGCACACGGCUCCCAUGCUCCCUUUGGCGGCAAGACUCGGCGGCUACUACGGACGAUAGAAGGCGUGGUGGAGAAAGAUGGAGUCAAGGGACUCUGGAGAGGCACAGUGCCUACGAUCCUGCGCAAUGUGCCGGGGGUGGCAGCAUACUUCUAUUCGGUGACCGAGCUGAGAAGAGCGCUAGGGAGCAGGCCGGUUGCCUAUCUAUCUACAGCCAAUGCGGCUUCAUCCUCAUCCUCAUCCUCAUCGGCUGCGACCCCAACCUCAACUGGCAAUCUCCUCGCAGGCGCAACGGCGCGUGUCGUGGUGGGAUUCAUCCUUUGUCCAAUCACCGUAGUAAAGGCACGCUUUGAGUCUUCCAACUUUGCACCCUCUGAGAACAGGACGUUGGCCCUCUCUCUGCGCUCCAUCUACGCCGAAGGUGGGGUCAAGGGCUUGUUCAGAGGCUUCUCGGCAACAGCAUUACGCGAUGCGCCAUACGCUGGGUUGUACCUCAUGUUCUACGAGGCGCUCAAGGUGGGGCUGGCACCGGCGCUAGGUGAGGCAGGGGAAGAGGGAGAUGCGAAGGCAGAAACGACCCAAAGUCGUAUGGUCGCGGGGUUGUGCGCGGGGACGCUCGCUACUUUUGCUACGCACCCGUUUGAUAUCAUCAAGACGAGAGUGCAGACGCAGCGAGUUAGGCAAGAAGGGGCGGAAGGGGCUUCAGCAGCCCUCCUCGGUAUACGAGCUGUGCUGACUGGUGCAGGAGCAUCGACGGGAGGCGCGCGCCCGCCGCUCUCCUCCCUCUUCUUCGACGGGCUGGGUUUGCGAUGCGCACGCAAGGCUCUGAGCAGCGCCAUUGGGUGGGGCAUCUUUGAAGGUGGAAGGGAUCUGUGGGUUAAGAGGGAACGGCAGAGGUUGGCGAGGGAGAGUGGGAAUGUCAUUGUUGAGAGAUGACGGAGGGCCUUUGGCGUAUUGAGACGCAAAGGGGCAAAGGCAAAGAAGGCGGACACCGAAGAUAUGUCAUUCGAAUAAUCGCAUAGAGGAUGACUG